GUCACUUCCGCCCUGCGUCAUCCUGGUUUCGCCUUGUUGUUUCCGGAAGCGGAAGUGGUCUUUGCUCUCUAUCUUUUUUUAUCUUGGUUUGUCGGUGUCUCGUUCUCUCCGGUGUCACGAUGGGAAAAGGAGGCGGCACGUUUGAGAGGCUUCUGGAUAAAGCCACCAGCCAGCUUCUUCUGGAGACAGACUGGGAAUCCAUCCUGCAGAUCUGUGACAUGAUCCGCCAAGGAGACACUCAGGCCAAAUAUGCUGUGGCCUCCAUCAAGAAGAAAGUGAAUGACAAAAACCCACAUGUAGCUCUUUUUGCUCUGGAGGUAUUGGAGUCCGUGGUGAAGAACUGCGGCUCGACGGUCCACGAUGAGGUGGCAAAUAAACAGACUAUGGAGGAGCUAAAAGAACUACAAAAGCGACAGGUAGAACCAAACGUACGGAACAAGAUCCUGUAUCUGAUCCAGGCCUGGGCCCACGCUUUCCGGAACGAACCCAAGUAUAAGGUUGUGCAGGACACCUACCAGAUCAUGAAGGUGGAGGGACACAAUUUUCCCGAGUUCAAGGAAAGCGAUGCCAUGUUUGCAGCAGAGCGGGCUCCUGACUGGGUGGAUGCUGAGGAGUGCCACCGCUGCCGCGUUCAGUUUGGUGUGGUAACACGCAAGCAUCACUGCCGAGCCUGUGGACAAAUCUUCUGCGGAAAAUGCUCCUCCAAAUAUUCUACCAUCCCUAAAUUCGGCAUAGAGAAAGAAGUGCGCGUGUGUGAGCCCUGCUUCGAACAGCUAAACAAGAAAGGUGAAGGUGGCGGCGGCGGCGGCGGCAGUGGCGGCAAACCCGCCACCACUGGUGAACUGCCCCCGGAGUACCUGACCAGCCCCCUAUCUCAGCAGUCACAGAUGCCACCUAAGAGAGACGAAACCGCUCUGCAAGAGGAAGAGGAGCUGCAGCUUGCGAUCGCCUUGUCACAAUCUGAGGCUGAAGAGAAGGAAAGGAUGAGGCAGAAAACCACCUACGGCGUGUAUCCAAAAGCAGAGCCCACCCCCGUCACCUCCUCAGCCCCACCAGCCAGUACUCUGUACUCUUCUGUUGUGAAUUCAUCUGCACCUUUUGCUGAAGAGAUCGAUCCAGAGCUGGCCCGAUACCUGAACCGAAAUUAUUGGGAGAAAAAACAGGAAGAAGUCCGGAAAAGUCCGACUCCUUCCGCCCCUGUGCCGAUGAGUGAUCCGGUGGUGCAGGUGGCCGAGGUGCCUCCCGUCAGCAUGGUGAAUGUGAUGGAGCAGCAAUACCAGAAUGGGGAAUCUGAGGAGAAUCACGAGCAGUUCCUGAAGGCCCUCCAGAACGCGGUCACCACCUUCGUAAACCGCAUGAAGAGCAACCACAUGCGCGGCCGCAGCAUCACGAAUGAUUCCGCAGUCCUGUCGCUGUUCCAGUCCAUUAACAACAUGCACCCGCAGCUUCUGGAGCUGCUCAACCAGCUGGACGAGAGGCGACUGUACUACGAAGGUCUGCAGGACAAGCUGGCGCAGAUCAGGGAUGCCCGCGGAGCGCUGAAUGCUCUGAGGGAGGAGCACAGGGAAAAACUGCGACAGGCCGCCGAGGAAGCCGAGCGACAGCGGCAAAUUCAACUGGCACAGAAGCUUGGGAUUAUGAGACAAAAGAAGCAGGAAUAUUUGGAGAUGCAGCGGCAACUGGCUAUCCAGCGCCUGCAAGAACAAGAAAAAGAGAGACAGAUGAGGUUGGAGCAGCAGAAGCAGACCAUCCAGAUGAGAGCCCAGAUGCCGGCGUUCCAGCUCCCCUAUGCGCAGCUGCAGUCCCUGCCGUCAUCUGGUGGUGUCAUGUACCCACCCUCAGGUCCUAAUGCUUAUUCCGGUACGUUUAGUCCUUCUGGGUCAGUGGAGGGGUCCCCUAUGCAUGGAGUGUACAUGAAUCAAGCUGGACAGCCAACGUCCGCUCCCUACGCUGGGAUGCCCGUGCCUGGUACCGAUCCCGGCAUGGUCAAUGCCUACAUGUAUCCACCAGGAUCGGCUCCAGCAGCUCAGCAGGGCCAACCUGUGCCAACUACCAACCCAGCAUACACCUCUUACCAGCCCACCCCUACACAGCCCUACCAAACUGUGGCCUCACAAAGCCUCCCCUCCAUGUCCCAGAAUCCUCCAGCCAGUGGAAUGACGUACAUGGGUGCGCAGUCUGUUCCCAUGGGUUAUCAGCCUUACAAUAUGCAGAAUCUCAUGACUAGCCUCCCUGGACAAGACCCAGCAAUGAGUAACAUGCCCUCACAGCAGACUUUUAUCCCUGGACAACAACCUAUGUAUCAACCUAUGCCAGUCGGCGCUGGUCAGCAGCAGCCUCCACAGCAGCAGGCGGCACACGGUCAGCAGGUGCAAGGCGGAAGCGAAGCCCAGUUAAUCUCCUUCGAUUGACGCACUGUUGGUUCACUUAUCCUGCCCCCUGCUGGCGAUUCCUACCGCCAUGUGUAGCAUGCAUACUUUGCCAGUACUGCUGCAGUAAAACACUACAUUUAUCUACCUGCCAUUUUCAGUGUCUGCCUAGCUUUACCUCCUGCCGGCUCUCACACCCAUCAUCAUGCUGCUGCUCUCGACUAACAUUGUAAACUAUUUGUAGCUUCUCUUUGUCUUACAAUUGCUUUAUAUUGUCACUGUCUCUUACCGUGCACUUUACCUGCAAUGCAUUCUCCCCAUGGAGGAGCCACCGGCGUCCAUGCAUAGCACAGACAACCAUUAAUAUGAAAAUGAUCCAUCAGCAGGUUUUUAGGGAUCCCACCCCCCAGUUGAUCGGAUAGUUGGCAGGGCAGUACUGAGCCCCUUUUAUUAAAAAAUAAAUAAAUAAAUAAUGAUCAAGUCUUCUAAUAAUAAUUUCAGUAAAUCCCUUCUUCUCCUAGAUUCCUCUGACACUGAAGUGAUCUGCUCACGUACUAUAGGACCAUUGUGCAUUGGGGGGGGAUACAUAUUAGUAAAUUUAAAAAGCCGGAGGCAUUAAAAGUGACAAGUCAAAAGUUUUGAUGUGUCUCUAGGACAGGGUUUCCCAACCAGGGUGCCUCCAGCUGUUGAUGUACUACAACUCACAGCAUGUCCGGACAGCCUUUGGUUGGGAAACACACGUUUCUAGGACAGUGUUUCACAACCAGGGUGCCUCCAGCUGUUGAAAAACUAUAACUCACAGCAUGUCUGGACAGCCUUCGGUUAUGAAACACAUGUAUCUAGGACAGUUUCCCAACCAGGGCGCCUCCAGCUGUUGCAAAACUACAACUCCCAGAAUGCCCGGACAGCCUUUGGUUGGGAAACGCAUGUUUCUAGGACAGUGUUUCACAACCAGGGUGCCUCCAGCUGUUGCAAAACUACAACUCCCAACAUGCCCAGACAGCCUUCGGUUGGGAAACACAUGUCUCUAGAACAGGGUUUUCCAACCAGGGUGCCUCCAGCUGUUGCAAAACUAAAACUCCCAGCAUGACUAGACAGCCUUCGGUUGGGAAACACAUGUCUCUAGAACAGGGUUUUCCAACCAGGGUGCCUCCAGCUGUUGCAAAACUAAAACUCCCAGCAUGACCAGACGGCCUUCGGUUGGGAAACACAUGUCUGGGUGCCCCCAGCUGUUGAAAAACUACAACUCCCAGCAUGCUGGAAAUUUUAGUUUUUCAACAGCUGGAGGCACCCUGGUUGGCAAACACUGCUCUAGGUAUUUAAUGUUGCUCAGACAUGUCAAAAGUUAAGAUCCCAUAGGGUCUCGGUCCUGAAACCGCUGCGACCGUGAGUUAUAGGUUGGUAAAGUGUGCGGUGGUGUGCUUCCCGCGGCCGGCCGCCCCCCCGCAAAUCUGACCUUCUUGCUCCAUAGAUUUAUGCAGGUAAAUGGUUGGAUUUGAUUGACAACCAAGGAGCGAGGUGCACCCUGCCAUGCGCUUCACCCGGCUGGAUCGCAACGGAUCUCAGGACUAAGACAACCCUGUAAGAUAACAGAAUGAAACAUGACCGGAACACUUUAUGAAAAAUAUUAGUUAGAAUACCCCUUUAUAUUUUCAAUUUAUGAUGGUCCUGAGAAAUAAAGUAGUUAUCAUUGAUUUUAGAUUUCUUGUCAGUCAUCUCAUUUAAAGGAACACUACAACACUUCAUACAUUCCACCUCUGCCUAGAACAGUGUUUCCCAACCAGGGUGCCUCCAGCUGUUGCAAAACGACAACUCCCAGCAUGCCCGGACAGCCGAAGGCUGUCCGGGCAUGCUGGGAGUUGUCGUUUUGCAACAGCUGGAGGUGCCCUGGUUGGGAUACACUGGCCUAUUCAACUUAGACUUUAGGCUCACUGUCCCUUUAAGCCAAUUGAUGAAUAGAUAUGGCAAACAGUAUGUUCCCUCUUAUAAGUCCCUUACAUGGCAGUGGAGGUGUUCGUUUCGGACCCAGGUAUGUUCUCGGGGGUGACCCCCGACGUGUUUUGCUGCUUUUUGUGCUUGUAAACUGUGAAGGUCCGGGCCAGCUGUUCUAGCCCGUGCACCGCAGAAUUCUUGCUUGUAGUAAUCCAUUGGUUUAGUGACAAUAAAACAUGUAUGAAACUAGAA